GUUCCAAUAAUUUCUGAAAAAGGUGUAGUAGCAUUUAAAACCUUUUUCGAACUGUGUUUCAAUUUUAUCUCAAAGCGUGUGCCACCCACUUCCGAAAAUGGUGUAUGGCAAAGCACUAGACGGGAAAAUAGAUUAUGAACAAGAAUUGCUAUAUAUAUGUUAUUUCCUCCCUUUUUUUUCUCUUCUUUCUCUUUUUUUCUUUCUUAUUUUUAGACAUUAAAGACUUGAUACUCUGAUAUAUGUUUGAUGCACCCCCAAGCACACUUUACAAUUCUUUGAAUAAUGUACUAGAGAAUCCAAAAGAAUAUUUAGCUGAUAUUUGCUUUGCAUUUCCUUCAAAUGAAGUCUGGGCUCAUAGAGCCAUUAUCUUAGCCCGUGCACCAAAAGAAUUCGUAGAGCGUUAUUUACCUGAAUUAUACCAAGAACAUGAAUUACCAUUAAAGUUGGAUAUUAGUCAAAUUAUUCGACAAGAAUUAUUUACCCCUUUACUUCGGUUUUGGUAUACAGCAUCGUAUGUUCAUCUCACUGUAUCACCACAAUCAAGUAUUUCGGAUCUAUCCGUCAUGACCCCAACAAAUACAUCACCUACUUUAGGUUUCCAAAAGGAUAAUGGGCCUACAACACCCCUCACAUUCCCGCCCACUAGAAACCAUAUUCAACACGAAUUAGAACAAUUAGGCAUCCAGUUAGGGACUGCAGUCUUACCACCCCACUGUGACAGUGUGCCCGAUUUUGUACAGCUCGUCAGCGACUUGCGCCGUAUGCGUGAUGAAAAAUUAGCAGUGGAUGUGACUAUCGACCUUAUUUCUAGCAAGUCGAAUGAUGUCAAUGAUCAGAUUCCUAGUCUCUUGUCUACUUCACCAGAAAAUCAUACACAGCAAGUGAAUGUACCUGUUGCAUCAUUCAAGGCACAUCGUUUUCUCUUGGCGGCACAAUCACCUUAUUUUUAUGCUCUUUUCUGUGCACCGUUUCGGGAAGCAUCGAGCGCCGUUGUGCAUUUGACAGACGACUUGUUUAAUGACGCCAUUGUGGACCUUGUUCUCAAUUUUUUCUACUUAGAUAAGGUUGUAGUUACUCCUUUGGCACAGGACACCACCAAAACUUCAUCGCACCUUCAACGUCGAUUGCAGCAUAACAAACAUGCAUUGCGCGUGAUGCAGAAAGCAUUUUAUGCAGCCGAUUACUUGGGUCACAGCGAGACUUUAGGACAGGCCAUAUUGCACGAAAUGGAGCAGUUGUGUCAUCACUUCAAAUGUGUAUGUGCUGAAUGCGCAGUGUUGUUACCUUCUAUGCUGGCCUGGUCUGAUAAACAUGUUGAAGUAGUGUCUAAAUUAAGAAGAGCACUUAUUUUACUUUACUGCGAUCCUGUUCAUUCGCUUUCUUCUAUCUGGUCACAACGUCCUUUUGCGUUCUUGAUUUCUUCCAUAGUUCCUUCUACUUUUCAUCUGGGCGAAGACACACUGGCUGCUGUCCUCAAGCAGGAACCCUUAUUCCGUGCAAGACCUCCCAAGACACUUGUACAUGAAAUUGAAGAACGUACAUUUUAUAAUGUCACAAAGCAUAAUGCUAUUCAUGUGCUCCAUUCACUUCACUUAUGUCUCUCUCAACUUCGUAGUGCAGAUCCAAACCCCUCUUGGUCUCGCCCUACUCUUGACCUCGUCAAUCCUAUUUUGCGUUACACUGUCAGUAUGAUCUCUCAAUUCUUUGAUUUUUACUGCGUCGAAUACCCUAUUUUGUUAUCCUGUGUCGACGGUAUUGGAGCUGGCUUCUCUGUUGACUUUCUCGAAUUUCUCUUGUUCAAUGUGCUGACUGAUGGUAUUCAAGAGAACAAUGCCGGUGUCAUUUACCAAGGUAUCUGGCGUGACUUGGUAGGUCGUCAAGAAGUUGUUCAAAAUGUGGCGAUCGAUGAUGUCCUCAUUAAGGCAAGAAUACGAUGCGCUGCUUAUAUUUCAAAACAUUGGACAAAGAUGAAGGCCACAAGUGGUUUUCGUACAUUGGACAAAGCCACCAUGCGCCAAUUAGCAGAAGAUAUCAAUAUCCCUUAUCGCUCAUUAACAAAGCCAUUCGAUACUGAUUUCUCUAACAUUUUCAGCUUUAAGCCUCGUAAAUCUAAAAAACAACAACCUAUGGACAAAAACGCUUCUUUGACAGCAGCCUAUACUCGUCGAUUGUCUUUAGGUAAUUUGAUUACUCGAGGUGAUUCACAUCCCUCAAGAUCUCGCCCCAGAGCCUUGUCAACGGAGUCUGUGCUUGUCCCAACACGUCCUUAUCCUUCUUCCGAAACAACAAGGACAAACAAGAACCAACCUUUGCUUAAUCUGCUAUCAUACGAAACACAAGAAAGGUCUAGACGACUCGUGGAGGCUAACCAUGAAUCACCUAUGCUUUCUUUAUCAAGAAGCAUAUCAGUUGACAAUAAUCUUGGCCAACAAAUGGAACAGCAUCUUGCUUGUGCUUCUUUGUCUGAAGCAAAAAGACCUAUGCUUCGUACAAGUUCUUCAUUCACUUCAUUAACAGACCAACUUUUACCAGUCGAUACUGCCAUGGACCCUCCUUUGCCUCAAAAGACAAAGACGGAUACGCAGGAAACAAGACCUACACGUCUCAAGUUUGAAUUGCCCGCUACCCCAGCAAGGUCAAAGUCGCCAAGCGCACCUCAACUCAAUGUUCAAUACAACACCACAACUUAUUUAUUACCUCAACCCGCAAAUCGAUAUCAAAAGCAACGCAAAAACAACAAACUUCGUAAAUCAAGAUGGAGCAUUGGCACAAAUAGUGAUGUGAGUGAUGAAGAAGAACCGCCUAUCAUACCUAUAUUAGGUGAUAAAGUCGAGUUGUUGCGCCGUCCUUUGCCCACGAUGGGUACUAUUCGUUAUAUUGGCCCUGUUCAGUUUGCUGAAGGUCAAUAUAUUGGUGUUGAAUUGGAAAGUCGAUUGGGUAAAAGUGAUGGUUCUGUAGAUGGUGUUCGUUAUUUCCAUACAGAUCCUCAAAGAGCUCUUUUUGUCAAACCAGAUGAUUUUAAAAUCAUUCAAUCCAAUAACCAUUAUACUAAUUAUCAAAGAUGAGCAAUAUCGUAUUAUACCUCAAAUAAACACCCUCAUUAUAUACAAUUA